GUCAAAAGCACUGACUUGCUCAUAUCCGGCACAGAGCGAAGAGAAUUGAGGUUGAGACAUGCUGAGGGUCACUAUCGAGAGCAGAGCGUAGAUCAAACAAUCACAAAGUCAUCGUAAGUUCUCCGUGAUCGUCCGUCAUUUAUGAGCGCGUGCGGCUCAAGUUUCAUCUGCACAUAACCUACGGAGGACACGGUCCAAGCGGUAUAUAGCGAGCACAUGAUUUUGACACGUGCCACGAUACAAGUUGCCUUCCUGCCUCGUACCUCAAUGUCUGCAUUGAUACUGGUGGACUGGUUUACCACCCUUUCGCUUAUAUUCGGGGGUUGCUUAAUGCAAUCACACUAGAGCAGCUUACCGCGGACCAUCCACACGCGGGCUCGUUGAUAACUGCCUUUCAAUUUCUGCUCAUCUCUAUGCACGGUCUCCCUCGCAAUCUGAAAUGGACACGAUACGGACCUCGCCUGAAGCCACGUCGAAUACCUCUGGCCCCAUAUGUUGCCCAAGUCGUCUUGUUCUACCUCAUUUCACUGCUUAAUAAUGCCGCUUUCUCCUACCGAAUCCCGAUGUCCGUGCAUAUCGUCUUUCGCAGCGGGGGCCUUGUAAUAAGCAUGCUACUCGGCUGGAUGCUGGGCGGAAAAAGAUAUUCUCAUCUACAAGUCUGCUCGGUGGCAGUCAUCACAUGCGGUGUGCUGCUAACGACGAUGUCUGCUGCCAAAUCCUCGAGCGUCUCGGCUCAUAACAUUGACAUGGUGCUAUACGCCCAGGGCGUGGCGAUCUUAACUGCUGCACUUUUGCUGUCCGGAUUUCUGGGUCUCGUCCAGGACUACACAUACUCGCAAUAUGGUCGUAGCUCGGACAAAGCUGCGGUCUCCCUCCCCUCCUGGCAGGAGUCCAUGUUCUACCUGCAUUUCCUGUCGCUGCCGAUGUUCUUCUUCCUCCGUGGUGACAUAACGUCACAAUUGCGUGCCGUCAAUUCGAGCCCGAAAACCACGAUCCCUAUCGUGAGCUUGGAGAUCCCAGGCGCAUAUGGACCCCUGCUAUUGAACACAGUGACUCAACUUGUCUGUGUGGCGGGCGUCAAUCAAUUAACAACGCGUGUCACAUCACUCACUGUGACUCUCGUUCUUGUGUUGCGCAAGGCUGCGAGCCUUUUAAUCAGUGUCUGGAUUGGCCGCGGUACUCGGGUGGACCCUCUCCUGCUGUGGACUGGGUCGGGGCUCGUUCUCUUCGGAACGGUUGGGUAUACAUUGGCUACGUCUCGAGCCAAGACAAAACCGAAAAGGGACUAGUUUUAUUUGUCAUUUAUCUCGAAAACAAGGUCAUAGCACUCAAGUUCAAUUAGGGGACUUCUUUCUCGAAUGAUUUGUUCCAUGAAUCAGACUCGAGUUACAGUACUUACAUGAAAUGGUCAAUAAUCAAAAUUCUGAAUGCCGCGUGACUAACCGAUAUCAUCACGCGCUGCUUGGCCGUAUUUACGCGUUCCGUUGACGUGCCAGUCGUUCUCUCACCCUACCAUCACCACCACUUCAAGAACAACUCUUUCUCUCUCACCCUUAAUAACAUGUCUGGUCGUGGAAAAGGUGGCAAGGGUCUCGGAAAGGGUGGUGCCAAGCGUCACCGCAAGAUUCUUCGCGACAACAUUCAGGGUAUCACCAAGCCAGCUAUCCGCCGUCUCGCCCGUCGUGGAGGUGUGAAGCGCAUUUCGGGUCUCAUCUACGAAGAGACGCGUGGUGUCCUGAAGAUCUUCCUCGAGAAUGUCAUUCGCGACUCUGUCACGUACACUGAGCAUGCCAAGCGUAAAACUGUCACGGCCUUAGACGUUGUGUAUGCCCUCAAGCGCUCUGGACGCACUUUGUAUGGUUUCGGGGCCUAGAUAUCCGAUUCCUGCCACUUUCUUCCUUUAUCUCGACAUGUACUAUCGUUGUAUGCAUCCCUAUGCCAUCAUACGCGUCAGGCGUAUAAGAGAAACAAGACUGAAUGAGAGCUUCAGCGAGUAUCAUGGUACAGCGACUGACUGCAUUGUGCCUGAUAUUGAUUUCGGUCACGAUAAAGAACCCUACAUACUUGAUUGAUUAUGCGAACGAAGUACCAACUUGCAGAGACCCUGUUCUUCUAGAUGGAUUUGUCUGCAUGGCUGAGCUCGUUGUUUCACCUCAGUGUCAGACCUAUUUCACGGAGCUCCGUGCCCGUGGAGCCUGAGCGCUUGGCGAUCAAACGGCUGCUCUCUGCACUCCUCCACUAUGCACUGGCAUCCGUUCGUGCAUCUUGCACCUUUCAUUCUCUACUGGAUACCGAUAUAUGCUCAAGAAGCUCCUGGCGGAGUCACCACUGCUGCUGCCACCGACGCUACUCCCGUCGCAACCAACUCGGUGGUUCUACCGAUCAUUCCUGCAUCAGGGCAGAUAUCGUUUUCCCCAUACCCCGCACCGUCACAGAAACCCGUGAAUGGGGUCUACGUAGCGACGGACCCGGGCCAUCCUCCACCUGUGGGGUCCUUCUUGAUUCCUGACUUCGAGCAAGCAUGGGCUAGUGCAAUCCAGGCGGCAAAACUCAAGGUCGCCAAUUUCACGAUGGCGGACAAAGCGAGUGUGGGCACAGGUGUCGGAUGGAUGGCCGGUCGCUGCGUGGGCAAUACUCCUGCGAUCGGUGUGAAUGGAAGUCUGUUCCCUUCUCUCUGCCUCGAAGAUGCACCAUUAGGGAUUCGGUUUGCGGACUUUGUGACCGCAUUCCCUACUGGAAUCAACACUGCUGCCACGUGGAAUCGGAAACUAAUGCGCCGACGUGGUCUCUACAUCGGACGCGAGAAUGUCGGCAAGGGCAUUCAUGUCGCUUUAGGGCCUAUGAUGAACAUCGGGCGUGUUGCCCAGGGCGGUCGGAAUUGGGAAGGCUUUGGCGCCGAUCCGUUUCUCUCGGGCGAGGCCGCAUACGAGACCAUAUUGGGCAUGCAACAGGGCGGCGUUCAAGCAUGUGCCAAGCACUUGAUCAACAAUGAGCAAGAACAUUUUCGCACGCAGUCCAGCUCCGAUGUAGACGACCGAACCCAACACGAAAUCUACGCGCAUCCGUUUUUGCGAAGCAUCAUGGCCGGUGUCGCUUCUAUCAUGUGCAGUUACAACCUAAUCAACGGAACCUAUGCCUGCGAAAAUGACAAGAUCAUGAACGACAUCAUCAAGCGCGAGUUUGGAUUUCAAGGAUAUAUCAUGUCGGAUUGGGCUGCAACCCAUUCUACGAUCUCUGUGGCAACUGGUCUGGAUAUGACUAUGCCCGGAGACAUCUCGUUCAUGUCUGGAACCACCUACUUUGGUGCCAAUCUGACUGCAUAUGUGCAGAAUGGAACGAUUCCUGAAUCGCGACUUGACGACAUGGCCACUCGAAUUGUUGCCGGCUGGUAUCUUCUCCGUCAAGACGCUGCCAACUUUCCGCAAGUCAGCUUUGACGCCUUUAAGCCCGCCGACGAAGACACCAACGAGCACAUCGAUGUCCAAGACGAUCAUCACACGGUGGUGCGAGAGAUCGGGGCGGCGAGCACUGUCUUGUUGAAGAACGUCAAUCACACGUUACCCCUCAAAAAGCCGCGGAGCCUUGUGUUGGUUGGCAGCGACGCCGGCCCCGCCAAAAUUGGACCCAAUCAGUUUGCAGAUCAAGGGGGGAGCGACGGUAUCCUUGCGAUGGGUUGGGGCUCUGGGACUGCCAACAUGACAUAUCUGAUCUCGCCCCUGGAGGCCAUACAACAGCGGGCGAGGAAAGAUAGAACCAGUGUUUCGUGGAUUCUGGAUGACUGGCAGACAGAUUUGGCCGGCAACAUGGUGAUUGGGCGGUCGGCUGCGCUCGUUUUUAUUUCCUCGGACUCUGGGGAAGAAUACAUCACCGUUGACGGAAACGAAGGCGACCGCAAGAAUCUGACUGCCUGGCACAACGGGGACAAUCUCGUGCUCUCGGUUGCUGCGCAAAACCCAAACACAAUUGUGAUUGUACAUUCUGUGGGACCCAUGCUCGUGGAAGCUUGGAUUGAUCACCCGAACGUCACAGCGGUGUUGUGGGCUGGUGUCCCUGGACAGGAGGCGGGCAACUCCAUCACUGAUGUCCUCUACGGAGACUGGAAUCCCUCUGGACGGCUUCCGUAUACCAUCGCUAAGAACAUCUCGGACUAUCCCACCUCCGUCGUAACUGGUGGAUCGGGGUCGGAUGUGUUGAGCAUCCCCUACCACGAGGGUCUGAAUGUUGACUAUCGCCAUUUCGAUUCCUUCAAUGUCACACCGCGAUUUGAAUUCGGAUUUGGGCUCAGCUACACCAAUUUUACGUAUAGCCAGCUGCAUGUCAAGAAAGUGGUACAUCAGUCGUCGACCGAUGAUGCCCUCGAGAAGGCUUGGUCGGCCGGAGAGGCGACCCCCAUCGCACAGGGGUCAUCCACAGCGCUCUGGCUGCAUCGGCCAUUGUACAAUGUCACUUUCCAUGUCGAGAACACUGGGUGUGUUUGGGGCGGCGAUAUCCCUCAACUAUAUAUCCACAUGCCAGCAACAGCCGCUGAACCGCCCUCCUUGCUCAAGGGCUUCAACAAUGUGGAAUUGCUCCCAGGAGCAGAGAAGAAGGUCGCCAUCUCGCUCUCUCGAUACGAUCUCAGUGUUUGGGAUGUGGUGUCUCAAGGCUGGAGGAGACCAAAUGGCACAAUUAGGCUGUCCGUUGGAACGAGUUCACGAGACUUCAGGUUGUCGGGAGAGAUUGAGUUCUAGAAUGCAAUGACAUACUACGUCUUGGACUUUUCUUGUACUGUAAAUAGCUAGUUCGGACCUCGCAGGAGCAUCAUAUUAGAUAUUGACUGGCUUCACACAAGCACCGAUGGGUCGUACAGGUAGUUCGUAAUGCUCGUCGUUAAUUUUG